AAUUGAAUUACAUUCACAGUUCACAUUUCACAUUUCACAUUUCACAUUUCUUACCUAAGCUUUCACACUCAUCUUCUUCACCAAAACCCUGCAUAUAAAUUGUUCCCCUUUCCUCUUUUUCUUAUCUCUCUCAUUACUGUCGUCAUCGUUGAAAUUUUCCCCUUUUUUAGGGAAUUGAAGUUCGGGAGUGUGGAAGAAAAAUGUCGGGAUCUGAAAAUGACGUCGGUAGUUUAGGGAUGCAAAACUCAUCACCGGUCCCACUUUCGCAGCCUAUGAUACAGAACAUGCAACUUGCUUUUGUCGCAGACGGGAAUGCAGUUUAUAAGCCGGUUGCCGGUAACAGCAACGGUAACGGUAAUGGUGAUGGAAUAGGAACAAACAUAGGAAUGGGAAUUAGGGAGCCAGCAAAGAAGAAGAGAGGUAGGCCAAGGAAGUAUGGUCCAGAAGCUUCCAUACCAGUUCCUCUCUCUUCUGCGCAUCCUACUACUGCUCAGGCCAACAUUUCUCAGCCGCCUUCUGGAACCUUCUCUUCUCUUCCGACGCUGCAACAGCAACAAAGACAGCUGCCACCUCAAUCACAACAACAACAACAUCAUCAGCACCAUCAGCAGCCACCACCACAGUCGCCAUCGCAGGAUGGUAGAUCACAGAAGAAGGCCAGAGGGCGUCCUCCUGGUGCUGGAAGAAAGAAUCAGUUGGAUGACCAUGGUGCUCCAGGAAUUGGCUUUACUCCACAUGUCAUCACUGUGAAUACUGGCGAGGAUGUAACGGCUAGAAUCAUGUCAUUCUCCCAAGCUGGUCCAAGGGCUAUCUGCAUUCUUUCUGCAAAUGGAGCCAUAUCAAAUGUGACUCUUCGUCAAGCAGCGACCUCUGGUGGCUCAGUGACGUAUGAGGGGCGUUUUGAAAUUUUGUCACUCUCAGGUUCAUUCACGCUUUCAGAUGGUGGUGGUCCACGUAGCAGGGCCGGCGGUUUGAGUGUUUCUUUAGCUGGGCCUGAUGGGCGGGUCUUAGGAGGUGGUGUUGCCGGUGUUUUAAUAGCUGCGUCCCCAGUACAGGUUGUGGUGGGCAGUUUUAUUGCAGAUGGUCAGAGGGAAGUAAAGGUCGGGAAUCAUACAGAACAUUUGUUUUCUCCUGCAAAACCUCAUGCUGCAAGUGGGCCAACAGGACCCGGCAGCCCACAAUCACAUGGGACUUUGAGUGAGUCUUCAGGAGGGGAUGGAAGCCCACUUAACCAAAGUACAGGAGCUGUUAAUAGCACCCCACUUGGCAUGUCUGUUCUUCCUUGGAAGUAACAUUUCUGCUGCACUAAUUGUAUUUUAGGCCAUGUCUCCAAAAUGUCAUGCUGAUCAUGAUUGGUUGUAAUUAAUUAAUGCCUUAUGUGUAGAUUAAGUACCCACUUAACAGUCCUGUUACUAGUUAUAUAGAUGCAAUAGUUCAUAGGUUUGAGAUCGGUUAGUCUAGGUCGAAAUCUAGCUUAUGCACUUGAGGGAGGGAAAUAGAUUCGGAUUAAGGCCACAGUGGUUGGACCAUGAUUCAAUCAAUGUGAUAGAUUUCCUCCCUAGACCUCACUUUCAUGAGACUUGUGUAUGACCUUAUUUUUCUUGGAUAUUAAUCAUAAUGAUAUAUGUUUUUUUUUUUUUAAA